GCUGAAAAUAACAAUAAAUUAUAAUUAAUUUGCUUACCACAAAACGAAUAUCACCCAACAUAAUUAAGGAGCGACAGAGAGUUUCAUAGUUGAAUUACGUUUUAAGUGCUACUCAAUUCCGUUUGUGUUUGUAUGCGCUUUUUUUAAAAAUAUUUUUUACCCAUCUGACACACACACAGACACGCACACACAAACACACACACACACACGCAGCAGACAGACACACCAAUGCGAAUUGUGUACAUUUUUAUGUGUAAUUUAUGAUUUUUGUGUUAUGUACAAUUUUGAAGCACACGAGAAAUCACACCCAAGCACAACAAACAAACAACAACACCCGAAGAAUUAGCAAACAAACAAACUGAAAAAACGCAAAAACAACGAAACCCUUUCCACAACAGCUAGAAAAAUGGCCAAAAUGUACGGAAAGGGUAAGACGGCCAUCGAAUCGGAGGAACAACAAAAACGACGCUGGCAAAUCGAACUGGAGUUUGUGCAGUGCCUGUCCAAUCCCAACUAUCUCAACUUUCUCGCACAGCGUGGUUACUUUAAGGAUCCGUCGUUUAUCAACUACCUCAAGUAUUUGCAGUACUGGAAAGAGCCCGACUAUGCCAAGUAUUUGAUGUAUCCCAUGUGCCUAUAUUUUCUCGAUCUGCUGCAAUACGAACACUUUCGCCGCGAGAUCGUUAACAAUCAAUGCUGCAAAUUUAUCGACGAUCAGGCCAUACUACAGUGGCAACAUUAUACGCGCAAGCGCAUCAAACUCAUCAACUCCGUGCAGGAGAAUGCUGCAGCAGCAGCAGCAGCUGCACAACAGCAACAGCAGCAACAGCAGCAGCAGCAGCAGCUGCAACAAAGCAAUGGCGGCAGCGGCAUCUUGGCGCCCAGUGAAGCAGCCACUGUCGCGGGCAUCGAGGCGGCCAAUCCGCAGCAGCAGGCGACGCUGCAGAAUGGCAACAGCUCUGCCGCGACGGCGACACAGUCACAACAGCAGCCGCGGGAGCCAGCGCCAACUCAGACUCAGGUCUUGUCCGUCUCGCAGCAGCCGCAGCAGCAGCAGCAGCAGCAACAACAACAACAGCAGCAACAGCAACAACAACAAAUCAAUGGACUGGCCGCUAGUGGAGCUAUGAAACUAGAAUUAAAUUAGCAAAGUGCUAUGCAAGAAAGAAAACCCAUAAUAAACUAGACUAAGAGACAGAACACAGAAAGGACUUCUAGACCAAAUAUCAAACAACAGCAAAAAAAAAAACGAUUAAUAUUUCGUGUAGGCAAACAUUCGAUUGGAAA